AUGGAACGAUUUGAACCCACAGAAUCAUUAUCAAAAAUAUUUGAAAAAUUGAAAGAACGAAAACAACAAUCAGGUGAAACAAUCAUGUCAUUUUACGACGCUAUUAUUAAAUUAUGUCGUGAAUAUGACCCAUCAAUGUCUCAAAGAAUGAUGAUAUCGUGGCUAGAAAAUGACGCCAAAGAUUCAUUAAAAAUUCAGAUAAAACGCCAAAUGAAAGUACUCACG